AUGACUAUAGAGAUAGAAGCCCAACAGACACUCUCGUCUGAAGCAACCCCUUUGCUUGCAGAUACCAACGCCGCGGGAACACCAGCUCCUGACCACGAUGCAAACGAUACAGCAGAAACAGUUCUUUCUCCGGCGCGCGCAGGAGUUGUCGGGGUCGCACUCUCAAUUUCUAUGCUUAUUCAAGCCACAAAUAUGACCAUGGUCACGACCUCGCAAUCGGCCAUUGCAGCCGAUCUAGAUGCUUUCUCUAGCGCAACAUGGCUUACAGCCUCCUUUCUGAUCGCGGUAGCCAGCGUUACUCCCCUUGGCGGCCGGCUUUGCCAAAUCUUCUCUUUGCGCAACUUGAUAGCCACAAGCAAUGUUAUAGCAUCAGUUGGCCUAUUAUUAACUGCUAGUGCUAGGACACUUCCAGUCUUUCUCCUUGGCCGUGUUCUCACUGGGUGCGGAGGCGCAGGGAUAUACUCAACUCAGGCCAUUCUUGUGCUCGAGUUGUCUUCGAAGAAACGCCGUGGUCUAUUUCUAGGCAUUGUUGCUUCUAUAUUCACUACUGGUCUGGCCGGAGGGGCUGUUCUGGCGGGUGCCGUUACUCCAAAAUACGGAUGGCGAGUGAUAUACUAUAUCCAAUCACCGCUCGCCUUACUUGCUGCCCCGGCCAUUUAUCUUGGAAUUCCAUCAAAACCCAGAGCAGAAGACACGGGUAAUGAACGAUCGAGCAAACUUGCUCGACUGGACUACCUGGGUAUUGUGACACUAACCGCCGCAAAUGUGUUAUUUCUUUACUCUGUCUCUAGCAAUACCAUUCCUUAUUCGCUCGUUCUUGUCUCGGUUGUCUUAUUCGUCGUCUUUUUCUUCAUCGAAUCAUCCCCUUUAUUGGCAGCCGAGCCAAUCAUUCCAAUUUCCCUAAUUCGCUCUCGAGGGGUCUUACUCACGUGCCUCUCGUCAUUGGGAAUGAUGAUGUCUCGCUGGGCGAUAGUCAUCUAUACGCCUGUCUAUGGGAUCGCUGUUCGAGGCUGGGGUCCUGCAGAAGCAGGCAUGAUUUUGAUUCCUACAAACCUUGGCUUUGGUCUGGGAGGGUUGGUCGUCGGGUGGAUUCACAUCCGCAAAGUGACCAGUUACUAUACAUCAUGCCUGGUCAUUUUCGCCAUCUUCAUCGCAAGCUUCCUGAUGAUCGCUCUCCUCUCAACUACAAACUCGCCAGUAUUCCUCUUCUUCUUUGCCGUCUUCUGCAACGGCUUCUGUGCCGGUGCGCUUCUUAAUUAUACCCUGUCUCACGUCCUACAUCUUACCCUUCCCUCCACGCAUUUUAUUGUCACCAGCCUAGUGGCGACUUUCCGCUCUUUUGCUGGUAGUUUUGGAUCUGCAGUUGGUGGCGGAAUCUUUUCACGCGUAUUGAAGAGCCACCUAGAGGCAGGUUUCAAUGAUCACGAUAGCUAUAACAGCUUAUACAAUAACAACAACGACCUCAUUAGAGAGCUUCUGGGCAGCCCGGCUUUAGUUUGGAAGCUAGAGGGAUACGAAAGAGAGGUUGCAGUCGCGGCAUAUCAGAGUGCCCUUAGAACUACUUUUUUCGCGGCUUUUUGUUUGGUCACGGUCAUGGCGUUGUUGCAAGCGGGGACUGGCUGGAAAGCUCCGGUUGACGUGAACAAGGUUGAAAAUCAGGAUGCACAGGACUCUUCAGAUGGCGAUAUCGUUAGAGAAUAA